AUGUCGGAUUCAACUAUUGGCCAACCAGCACUCCGCAAUGGAUCGCAAGGGUAUCGUAUCCCCAUGCUCAUCAACGAUGCUGCAGUUUUAAGAGAGGAUGAUACUUCACGACAUCAAUCAUUUGAGGGGGGGUAUUUCCAGGGCGCUGGUAUAUCUGACUGUGCGGAUGCUGUGGCGAGUUGCAGCAAAGCAUUCGUAACUUGGUCCACAACCUCUCCGACCCGUAGACGUGGUCUUCUCUUGCGAUUGGCACAGGUCCUCAAGAACCAUGAGCAUGAGGUCCGAACUCUAAUGAAGUCUGAGAUCCAUUGCGACGAUGAAUGGGCAUCCAUCGGUGUCACUACGAGCAUCGAUUUGAUCGAACAGACUGCGUAUCUCCUGACAGCAGGGAGUAUGAGCGGCACCAUACCGCAUACCCAACCUGAGGGGUCAUACGGUUUGGUGUUUACUCGUCCUUUGGGUGUUGUUCUGGGAAUCGCACCUUGGAACUCACCUCUCUUCUUGGCCCUUCGAGCUGUGAUCGCUCCUUUGGCAACUGGAAAUACAGUUAUCCUCAAGGGAUCUGAGCUUAGUCCAAGGACACAUUAUUUCGUCGCCGGGUUGUUUGGAAAAGCUGGCUUCCCUCCAGGUGUCGUCAAUUUUAUCCUUCAUCGACCGGAAGAUGCCCCCGAGGUAGUUGGGUAUCUCAUUCGAGAGCCUGCCGUCAGGAAGGUCAACUUCACUGGCUCAACACCAGUUGGGCGCAGUAUUGCUGAGCAAGCGGGACGGGCUCUGAAGCCGGUAUUGCUGGAACUUGGUGGGAAGAACUGUUGUAUUGUCCUGAAGGACGCAGACAUUGGUCGUGCGGCAGAAGCAGCUCUCGCAGGAGCAACACUAAAUGGCGGACAGAUAUGCAUGUCUACAGAUCUUGUCCUCGUGGAAAAGGAUGUCGUAGAUGAGUUUCGUGCAGAGCUUACAAAACAGCUACAAGGCAAGAAGGGCUCGGCGUAUCGACUUGUCGGGCCAAGGAGUCAGUCGAGAGUACAAGCUUUGGUCUCCGAUGCAGAAGCCAAGGGAUCUUCAAAGUCUUCCACAGAGCACCAGAUCGACUCAAACCUAAUACCUAUCACAAUCCUCGAUAAUAUUAACAGCUCUAUGGAUUUCCUACGUACAGAGAGUUUCGGUCCCUGUCUCGGAAUCGUCGCGGUCUCUAACGGGGACGAGGCGGUCAAGAUUGUCAACGAUAGUGAUUACGGGUUGUCAGGUGCGAUAUGGACACGGAGCCAUUAUGCAGCAUUGGAACUGGCGCGUCGACUACAAGUCGGUGCGGUUCAUAUCAACUCUUCUACUGUUCAUGAUGAAGCGACUUUGCCUCAUGGGGGAACUAAGCAAAGUGGAUUUGGAAGAUUUGGUGCGGAAUGGGGAUUGAAGGAAUUCGUUGAGACGCAGACAGUUAUCAUGCAUGCGUAA